AUGGAGGCUGCCUACUUCAAUGAUUCUCAACGUGAGGCAACAAACGAUGAUGGUGUAAUUGCUGGACUCAAUGUAAUGCGUAUCAUCAAUGAACCCACUGCCGCUCCUUCUUGGCAGCCUCUCGGAUCAGAUCAUCGAAGAAAUCUUCUAUUGUUAUCAGACAUAUUCUCCCCCACAUCCGUGACUGCUGUGGUUAUUCCACAGCAGGGACCCCUGCUCCUCGCUGGAAGCGGCAAUGAUUCCACUCUAAUUGCAUCCACAAUCCACCGAAUUAUGAACAACAACCCUGCUCGUCCUAUUCCUCCUAACAAGGAACUUUGGAGGCGAAGGGUUGAGAAUUAUUGGAAUCUCUUGAGUCCAAAGAUAACAUCUGACACUCUUGAGGAAUUUGAUGGACAUGAAAGCAAAUCUAGGGUCAUUUGGAGCUGCUCUGAAGGAAAAGGACGCCCAUAA